UCUUCAGACAUUACAGAAUCCUUCUACCGAGCUUUCAGCAGUGAGAUUCUGGAGACUGCUUUCAAUACCCCAAGGGACACGAUAGAGGGGCUAUUUGGACAACAAAGAAAGGGAGUAUUUGUCAAAGCAUCUGAAGAGCAAAUUAGAGCAAUUAGCGAACACGCUUCACGCUCCACUAAGCAACAAACUAGAGGUCCUUUCAAUCUAUUGAAUGAACGCCCAUUACUUGAAAACAGAUUUGGACACUACUUUGAAGCAACCCCAGAGAGAUUCGAACAGUUGAGGGAUUUAGAUGCUGCUGCUGGUAUCAUGAACAUCAACCAAGGGGGAAUGUUAUUACCAGUCUACUGUACAAGGACAACAUGGUUUGUCAUGAUUGUAGAAGGAAAUGGGCGCUUUGAAAUGGCAUGCCGUCAUCUUGGUAGCCAAAGCCAGAGAAGGCGGCACCACUACCAGAAAGUCCAAGGUUCUCUAUCAGUUGGUGAUGUUCACUACCAGAAAGUCCAAGGUUCUCUAUCAGUUGGUGAUGUUAUGAUAAUUCAUGCAGGCCAUCCUAUUACCGUUUUAGCCACCGGGGAUUCAGAUCUCAGAAUGGUUGGUAUUGGAUUCAAUGCUCAUAACAACAGAAUGAACUUCCUUGCAGGCCGACAAAGCAUAUGGAGAAAUGUAGACAGAGAAGCAAAAGAAGUGUCAUUCAACAUGCCAGCAAGGGAGGUGGAAGAAAUCUUGCAGAAGCAAGAUCAGUCCUAUUUUGUAGCAGGACAAGAGCAGCGACAGCAACAGAUGAGGGAAGAAAGAACAAGGGGACGACAAUAUGGUUCUUCAAGUUUGGACUUUGUUUUCUAAGUUGUAGACAUGCACGACAGCACGAGGCACCUUUGGCCUAAGGUAAAUCUGCCCCCUUAGCACGAGGCAGCAAGAAUGAAGUGAGAGCUUUGUCUUUGUUAGUAGAUGUACUUAAAAUAAAUGGGCGUCUUCUGUGGCAUAGCAUUAUCGGCAUCUUCUAAUAUCUUCUCGAGUACAAUGUAACUUUUGUAACAUAAAUAAAGUUCCUCCCUUUUAACACAUAAAAAAUAGAGAACCUUACGCUGA